AUGGCAGCAGCGCCUGCAACACACAAAAAGCACGAUGUAUUGAUAGUAGGUGCCGGUCUCAGUGGUCUGCAAGCAGCCCUUUCUGUACGGGCCGCGGGCUUCAGCGUAUGUGGCGUGGAGGCCAUUAACCGAGUCGGCGGGAAGACGUUGACAGCCAAAUCUUGCGAGAAGGGGUUCAACGACAUGGGUGCAGCCUGGAUCAAUGAUACCAGCCAAAGUGAGAUGUUCAAGCUCUACCAGCGGUACGGAAUCAGAACGGAAAUUAAACGUGACUGUGGACAUACUCUUAUUCAGUCGACGGAUGGCUUCGUAGUCAAAGUGCCAUAUUGGCAGCUUCCAGCAUGUCCUAUGUUUCCAUUUUACAUGGGCAACCCGACCAACUCUGCCGGCGCCAGAAAAAUUGAUCAACUCACCUUCCGCGAGUUCUGCGUUCAAAAGGUACAGUCCAAUAGUGCAAUCAGCAUUGCUGGCGUGCUCUCAGUCUCGUUGCUUUGGGUGGAGAGUGAUGAGGUCAGUGCCCUGUACAUGUUUCUCUACUUUAAGAGCGGCGCUGGCAUCGACAAUAUCAUAUCAGACCAGAAAGACGGCGGCCAAUAUCUGCGAAAUCGACAAG